GACGACGAAAAUGAGAUAUGGUUAUUCAAACUUCCACCAAACAUUUCCAAAGAAGAUCUUGUUGGCAAGACACUAACUUUUCCAAAAGGUUCACCAAAACUUCCAAAUAAAGUUGCAAAAUUCGAAAAGUCAGUUCAAAUAAAUAAAAAGAAAGGGACUACAACUUUAGAAUACAAUAUUCAAGAAUUGCCAGUAAAAUCGACCCAAGAAUUUGAAAUAUUAUUACCAAGUCAAAAAGAUAACGAUGAUUUAGUCAUAUCUAAUAAAAAACCUGCAAGAUUUUUUAAUAUAAUUCGAAAGUUUAAUACACCAGAUCCUGAAAAUAAUAUUGAGGCAAUUUUGAAGAAUGACCAAAAAAUUCCUCAACAACCAUCCGAAACAUUCAUUCCAAGACUCAUUGCAAAUUAUCCUGAAUUUUCUGAUCAACACAUAAACGAAGCCAUUGCAGAAAAAGAGCAAUUUGAAACAAAAUUGAUGGGUGAUUGGCAAUUUAGUAAUUGGCACAAAGAAAUAAAAAAACAUAUUCAAAUUAAUAGGAAAGCUUAUCUUGCAUGGAAAAAAAAUUGUAUAUUGGAAGUAAAUAAGUCUAAACAAAUAUUUGCUAAGGAGCUUGCAGCAAAAAAAAUAAUGAUUGACGAUGUUCAAAAAAUAGAAAAACGAAAAUUUGAGUCUAACGGUGAUGAAUUAGAGGAUGAAGAUGAAUGUUUAAAAUCCACAAUGAAAAAAGGUAACCGUGUCAAAAAAAAGGGAAAAUCCACUUUUGAAUCUUUUAAAAUAUCAGAACAACAAGACCGAUUGGAUGACUCAGAUGCUGAUAUUUUGGCUGAAGUUGCAGAAGAGGAAGCUGCAUUUGCUAAAAUGGCAUCAGAUCAGAUGCUUGAAGAAGAAAAAAGAGCUAGAGAGUUGCAAAACGCUGAAAGAGAAGCAACUGAAAUAUGGACUCCUGCUCUUGUUACAUUUCCUAAAUAUGAACCACCAACUACUUGGUGGUCCAAGAUGAAUGAUGAAAUUCUCGAUGAAAUUGAAAAAACAAAACUGAAACCUUAUGCGAAAAAAA